AAUUUGGGUAGAAGAUGCAGCAUAGGUGGUGACGGAAAAGGAAAAUAUCAUAAUUGCGAUAAAUCAGGAGAGGACGUUGAAGUAAUUGAUAUUGCAGAUCAGGAGUACUAUGUAGUUGGGAAAGGUUAUGGGACUACGGAGCAAGAGAAAUAUCGAGGUCCUUUCAAUGAAAGUAUCUGUUUUCGUAUACAUGGAAUAGAAACAAAUUUCUAUUUUGAUCAAACUUCCUGUAAUUUUUAA